AUGGCAGACAUCGAACUUCAAUCUGCAUCGACCUCAGUCUUGGAAGACUGGUGUCGCGAUUUCAACAUCAAGCCGCCGCAGCGGAAACUUGGGAGGAGAGCCAUCAUAGCUCAACUACGGAAGCAUUUGGAGUCCACGGCUUCACAGGCCGCACGUUUGCCUCUGAGUGCAGUUACGAGGCGCUUGAGAACAAAGACUCCGGAUCCACACCGGCUGUGGGUUUUCGAUGAUGCGGUCAGCGCUCUGACGACGCCCUCAACGGCCGCGUGUUCCAAGGGCAAGGGGGAACAUCAUCAACAUCAUCAUCUGGGGCGUUCCAUAGCAAAGCUGCCGAUCUCUUUCUCUGCCAGGCCACUCGAGCUACCAACCCAGUCAAAAGUUCCAGCUUUGGUCUGGAAGAGAUGCCGUCGCAAGACUGCCAUGUCAGAGUUAUCCGGUGCGAGGGCAGCGCUGCAGCGCACCGUCAGCAGCAGGAAGACCGGUGAAUCCGAACCUUUGCCGAAAGCAUCUUGGGAGAAUGUCGGCCCCGCCGCAGCCUUGCCAGCCAGUCCAGGAACCAGCGGGCUUGGCAAGCGUCGCCGCCUCCUCAUGCCAGUGCUCCCUACACGAGAAGUCCUGAGUGGAGGUGAACAACUCCUGAACGCACGAAGCCCACAGCGGCUUCAGUCUGAGACGGAAGAUGCAGAUGUGCACAGCCUGCCUGGCACACCGAAGGCCUGCCAGUCUGCCGGCCAUCCAUCCGUCAUCAAGGACCUGACUCCUGCCUCGAAGCUCGUGCGCCUCUCGAUCGCUGCAGCUGAGCUCGAUGUUUCCGCGCGCGAGCCGCGCUUAGUCGACUUCGCAACUGGAAUGUUGCAUGUGCUCCCCAGCAAUGGCGUGGUUGCUCUCGGUCGAUGCGUUGGCUGUGAAAUUCCCGUGCAGAGUCCAGUAGUGGAGAUGCGACACUGUGUACUCGUCUGCUCUUCUGGCACGGUGACAGUCGAAGAUGUCAGUGCUACUGGCACCGCGGUAAAUGAUGCGCAGCUGCCUAAAGGCGACUUCUUGCCACAACCGCUGAUCCUGCAGCGCGGAGACGUUCUUGCUCUUGCACCUCCGGACGGGCCGAGCUUCCUCUUCUUGGAUGCUGCUUGCAGUUAG